GCCGCUCUCCCUCCCUGCCUCCCUCCCUCCCUCCGCCUCCCGCGGGCGCGCACAAAGCCGGAGCGCCGCGCUGCCCAGCAGGAAUCCCGUGGAGCUGGCCCCAGGAAUGGACAGCCGGCUGUGUUUCUGGAGCAGAGCAGAGCCAGCUGAAGGAGCCCAGGAGUGCUGAUAGCUGCGGGAAGAGCCCGGGGCAGGGCUCGCUGCCGCCUGCCAGCCAUGCCUUUCGGCCUCAAACUGCGGCGGACCCGGCGCUACAACGUGCUGAGCAAGAACUGCUUCGUGACCCGGAUCCGGCUGCUGGACAGCAACGUGAUCGAGUGCACGCUGUCCGUGGAGAGCACGGGGCAGGAGUGCCUGGAAGCUGUGGCGCAGAGGCUGGAAUUGCGCGAGACUCACUACUUCGGCCUGUCGUUUCUCAGCAAGAGCCAGCAAGACCGCUGGGUUGAACUGGAAAAGCCUCUGAAGAAGCAGCUGGACAAAUUUGCCAAUGAGCCUUUGCUUUUCUUUGGGGUAAUGUUCUAUGUGCCCAGCGUCUCCCGACUGCAGCAGGAGGUAACAAGAUAUCAGUAUUACCUGCAGGUGAAAAAGGAUGUUCUAGACGGGCGAUUGAUAUCCUCAUUCGAGCAGGGAAUUCGACUGGCUGGUCUGGCAGUGCAAGCGGAUUUUGGAGACUAUAAUCAGUUUGAAUCUCAUGACUUCCUCAGAGAAUAUGUCUUGUUUCCUAUGGAUUGGACUCAGGAUGAAGCUGUCCUGGAGGAGCUGACUCAAAAGGUUGCUCAGGAACACCGAACUCACAGUGGCAUUACAGCAGCAGAGGCUGAGCUAAUGUACAUCAAUGAAGUGGAACGUCUGGAUGGGUUUGGACAGGAAACUUUCCCUGUGAAGGAUAACCAUGGAAAUGACAUACACCUUGGGAUUUUCUUCAUGGGCAUCUUCAUAAAAAACAGAAUUGGAAGGACAACUGUGAUUUAUAGGUGGAAUGACAUUGGGAAUAUUGCUCAUAACAAGUCUUCAAUUGUUCUAGAGUUGAUCAACAAAGAAGAGAAUGUUCUCUUUCACACAGAUGAUCUUGAAAAUGCCAAAUAUAUUUCACGUCUGUUUGCAUCAAGACACAAGUUUUACAAACAGAACAAAAUCUGCACAGAACAAUCAAAUUCUCCUCCCCCUAUCCGACGACGGCCGACCUGGAGUAGGUCAUCUUUGCCAAGACAACAUCCUUUUAUACUGCCUCCUAUGCAUGUCCAGUGUGGAGAACACUACACUGAAACACAUAAUUCACAAGAUAGCAUUUUCCAUGGAAAUGAAGAAACUUUCUACUGUAGGUCUCAGACCAGUUUGGAUAGGUGUCCAAUGGACUUCAGCUACUUGAAUGGUAAUGGACCCAAUGGGAGUGUAUGCAGUGCCCACAGCAUGAACUCCCUCAAUCGCUCACAGAACUUCAUCCAGGCAUCUCCAAUGUCCUCAAAUCUGAGCAUCCCGGGAAGUGACAUCAUGAGAGCAGACUACAUCCCCAGCCACAGGCACAGUGCAAUCAUCGUCCCGUCUUACAGGCCAACCCCAGAUUACGAAACUGUCAUGAGGCAAAUGAAGAGAGGGGUGAUCCAGAUGGAUAGCCAAAGUCAGUCUUUGAGGAACCUCAAUAUUGGAAACACACAUGCCUACAACCAGCCAGAAGACCUCGUUUACAGCCAGCCCGAGAUCCGAGAGAGGCACCCUUACACCGUCACCUACGGGCCCCAGGGGGGCGGCUAUAACAAGCCCGUGGCACCGUCUGACCAAAUGAACCCCAGCAAUGCCGCUCAGAGCAAGGCAGCAGCCAGCGCCAUAUCGCACACGGUCAGCACCCCAGAGCUGGCCAACAUGCAGCUGCAGAGCGGCCAGAGCUACAACACCACCCACAUGCUGAAGAACUACCUGUUCAGGCCCCCGCCUCCCUACCCGCGCCCGCGCCCGGCCACCAGCACGCCCGACCUGGCCAGCCACCGGCACAAGUACGUCAGCGGCAGCAGCCCGGACCUGGUGACCCGCAAGGUGCAGCUCUCGGUGAAAACCUUCCAGGAGGACAGCUCGCCCGUGGUGCGCCAGUCGCUGCAGGAGGUCAGCGAGCCCCUCAUGGCCGUGAAGCACCACGCGGCCGUCAACAAGCGCCACAGCCUGGAGGUCAUCAGCAACAUGGUGCGCGGCAUAGAAGCCAUGGCCUUAAAAACGCUGAACGCGCCUCUGCCGCGCAGGAACACGCUGCGGGAGCAGGUGCCGCCCGAGGAGGCUGCUCAGAUGGGCCACGAAGUUCAGCAAGUCCCUCACUACCACCACAAAAAGACGUUUUCUGAUGCCACGAUGCUGAUACACAGCAGUGAAAGCGAAGAGGAAGAGGAAACGCAAGAAUCCGUGUCCCGGAUAGCAGCCCUCCAUGAGAACAUGGAGUACAGUGCUCAGCUGCAAGCUGCCUUGGCUAGGAUACCAAAUAAACCUCCUCCGGAGUACCCUGGGCCUCGAAAAAGUGUCAGCAACGGAGCGCUGAGGCAGGACCACGUCAGCAUUUCCGUGGCUGUAGCCAGGGCCAAGGCCAUGAGGCCGGGGCCUUCCAAAGCCAUCAGUGUCUCUCGGACUGAUCAAGUGGCCAUCAAUGGGUCGUCACUGGGGCCCUCCAUCUCGGAGCCCGACCUCACCAGCGUGAAGGAGCGGGUCAAGAAAGAACCGGUCAAGGAAAGGCCUGUGUCUGAAAUGUUCUCUAUCGAGGACAGCAUUAUAGAAAGAGAGAUCAUGAUGAGGAAUCUAGAAAAGCAGAAGAUGGCAGGCCUGGAGGCCCAGAAGAGGCCCUUGAUGUUGGCAGCACUGAACGGACUCUCAGUUGCUAGGGUUCCAGUGCCGGAGGACAACCAGGAUGAAGUCACCAAGGUGCCAAUGGAUGAGAGGUGUAAAAUCUUGAGGAGGAAGCUGGAGGAGGGGAUGGUGUUUACAGAAUACGAGCAGAUUCCAAAGAAAAAGGCAGAUGGGAUCUUCACCACUGCUGCCCUGCCUGAAAACACGGAGCGCAACCGCAUCAGGGAGGUCGUUCCCUACGAGGAGAACCGAGUGGAGCUGGUGCCGACCAAAGAAAACAAUACAGGCUACAUCAAUGCUUCACACAUCAAGGUGACUGUAGGUGGAGAGGAGUGGCACUACAUUGCUACCCAAGGGCCCCUUCCACACACAUGCCAUGACUUCUGGCAGAUGGUGUGGGAACAGGGGGUGAAUGUUAUAGCCAUGGUCACAGCUGAAGAGGAGGGAGGAAGAAGUAAGAGCCAUCGUUACUGGCCUAAACUGGGCUCUAAGCACAGCUCAGCCACUUAUGGGAAGUUCAAGGUGACCACCAAGUUCCGCACAGACUCCGGCUGCUUUGCAACUACUGGUCUGAAGGUCAAGCACCUUCUCUCAGGACAAGAGAGGACAGUGUGGCAUUUGCAGUAUACUGACUGGCCAGACCAUGGGUGCCCAGAAGAAGUCCAAGGCUUUCUGUCUUACUUGGAGGAGAUCCAGUCGGUGCGUCGGCACACCAACAGCGUGCUGGACAGCAGCAACACCUGCAAUCCCCCCAUCGUGGUGCACUGCAGUGCAGGCGUGGGGAGGACUGGAGUGGUGAUCCUAACAGAGCUCAUGAUCUGCUGCUUGGAGCAUAAUGAAAAAAUGGACGUUCCUGUGAUGCUGAGACACCUGCGGGAGCAGAGAGUGUUUAUGAUCCAGACCAUAGCCCAGUACAAAUUUGUCUACCAAGUGCUCAUACAAUUCCUCCAAAACUCAAGACUUAUUUAAUCUUUUCAAGCAUCCCAGACCCAGCAUUGUGGAUCUGACUGAACCUUACUGAUGAACAAGGGGAACUGCCUUGACAACACUGUGUGCAUAUAUUGCACUUUUUAAAGUUGUCUUGAAAGUAAGGAAUUAUGGUUCUUUACUAGUCUCCCAUGGAUUAUUUUAUACAAGAUAUAAUUUAUUUUUCUUGGAAUAACUUUUGAAUUACUUUAUAACUUGUAAAACUUAUAGUGACCUUCAAAGUGAACCACAUUUGACAUGACUGGUCUGCAUUGUAACAUGCCUGUAAGGAAAACAAUCCUUUGUAAAGGUAGUUUGCUGGCUUUUAUUUUGCUGCACAGCCUCUGAAACCUACAGUUAUUUGGCAGUGGGCUUUUUCUCACGUAAGGACGUUCUGGACCCAGUAUGUGGCUUCUCUGGUAAAAACAAGACCUGCUAGAUGUCAGCUACAGCUCUGAGUGGAAGCUGAGGGUGCACAGCACGGAGACCUGAGCUUCUGCACGUGCAGCCAGGCGCGUUACGGAGGGCUCAAGCACAGGACAUUGUGAGGACAGAGAGUUUUGGGUGCUAAACUGUUCAAAUUCCAGAAGAAUUACAGUUUUAGAUUAGUCCUUGAAAAAAAAUCAAUAUUGUAUCUUUUUAAGGAGGCCUUUUGCUGCUGUGUGCAAGCCUUGAAGGGACUCAUAAGAAGCAAUGUAGGGUGAAGUGCAGUGACCUACUACAGGCUGAAGUCAGUGAAUGACUUUUUCCAAUAACUCUGGUGGUCUGAGAGUUGAACAGCAGAGGAUUUUCAACCAAAUAUAUCUAGAAAAAAAAUCCAAAUCAAGCACCUUCUCAUGAAUUACACUGAAAGUAUUAUUGCCUUGAGGCUCACCCUGUGUAGAAAAGGAAUCACAUUGAAAUUAGGCAUCUCCAGUUGCCUUAGUCUUCAUGUGUGAACUAUUGUUGGAUGGUAGAGAAGGAAUCUGACUAGAAAGGUGCCUUGCAGGUCUCUGGACUCAGCCCUGCUCACCCCACUGCUGACUUUAAACUUGGAUAGGCUUCUCCAGGGUCACAUCCAGUUUCAGAAUUCUCAAGGGUGAAGAUUUCACAGCCUCUCAGGGCACGUGAUGCAAUGCAGUUACUUUGUCAUGGUGAAAUCACCUUUCUCAGUACCCCUUCCCCAGAUACUUUUAAUAUUUUAAUCCUACUGUUGCUUUUCUGUUGCACCCCCACCUCCAAACCUUCAAUGUACAUAGGCCUAAGCAAACAAGCACUCUUAAUUUCAGCACUAAGGGGACUAAAAUUAGUGGAGAGCCUGAACUAAGGUUCUAUACCUGAAUGUUUCUUGAAUGUGUUUAAAACUGCACUGUUGAUUUGGUGCUCUGCAAUAUAGGCCUAACAUGAUGACAGAGUUCCUGGUGAAGACUUGUAGUCACUAAAAAAUGGAGAGGAAUUGUUUCACUGUAAUACCUUGACCAUGUUCUUUUUAGGGAUCAGUUGAGUUUUCAGUCAACUUCAGUUUUCCUCAGAUUUUUUCUGCCAGUGCCAACAUAUCUCUUGUUAAAUUAGCAGCAACCAUUUAAAGUCUUUUCAGCAGCAUCUGCAUGAUAAUUGCGGAGAGAUGCUUUAUAUCUGGGAAAAAAGCCAAGGAAUAAACCUUGAAGCAAAGUGUAUUAAAUUAGUUAUCUCGUUAUAACUUUUUGAAUAAUUUCCUAAUGAUGAAUUAAGUUUGAACUCAGAGCUGUCAAGUCCCAUUGCUCCACUUGGAUGUGAGAAGUAGAAAAUCAGGAGGGAAAAGAAUCUGUUCUUAUGUCUUAUUAUUCAGCUGCUCUUGGCUAAAAUGUGUAUUUCUGCUGCUACAGUGAGCACAGGAAAGUUAUUGCAUAAGAGAGUGUGAAGAGCUGUGUUUGAAGGGAAGAAAAUUAAGCAAAUGUUUUUUUAUGCAAAGAUGCAUCAUAGGUGUCUUAGAAAAACAUUAAUUAGAAAAAGGCACAAAAAAUCCUUUCCAAAUUAAGUCAGUGCCUAUUAAUGAGCCAAAUAAGUGGCCAUGUGGUAAACAGUCAUUUCCAAUUAACUCCUAAUGUGGCUGGUAUGGUAGAUAGAGGCCAAUGUGAGUCACUUUUUCCCUUUCAUUGUCAAAGAAUGGUAAUUUUAAAUUUUUCCUUUCAUCUGACUUCAAUGUAUUUUUCCCUGCUAGAUUUUAUCUUGACUAGAUCUGUUAAUAUCAUAAGUGAAUUGGGCUUGUGCAU